GCUGACCCGAAAACUAGAUAUACAUAAUGUCUUAUGAGUGGAGUGCCUUUUAGAGUUUCAAAAACUAAUACAUUUUUUAGUGAAAAUGGUACCCAAGGAUAGCAAAUGAAAAAUGAUUUGAAACAAUUCCAUUCUACCUAAUAUUAAGGAAUAUAAAGAAAUAAUAGGUAAUUUAGUAUAGACUCCAAAUAAAUAUAGAAAGAAGCUAAUCUAAUCUCUCCAGAUAAGGGUAAAGAGUUUGAUUGGAAUUCCUUUAAUCAUUUUUCUACUUUUUCUGGUAUACCACAUAAUCACACAUUUUAAACUAAUCAAUAAGAAAUACCUCCUAAAAAACAAUAACAAAAUGAAGAUCAACCAUUAAGUUUCAAAGCAAAACAUAAUAAUUUAAAUGAAUUUGAUUUACUAACAUAUUCAAUCUAAGCUGAUAAUUAAUAAUUUUUAUCACAUAAUCCAACACAUUCCUCGUCAUAACAAUAAUCAAUUCAUUCUUAAUUUAAUACUUACAAUCCAUAAUUAAAUACAACAACUUAAUCUUUGGCCUAAGUUUAAAAACAGGCUUAAAUAUAAUCAUAAUAACAAAGUAAUUAAUAAAUAAAUUAGUAAUAAUAACAAUUCUAAUUGUUAAAUUUGGAAAAUAAUACUUUUGGAUCUAAUAAUUAGUAAUAAUUUUGGGGAUAAUAAUCAUAUUAAUAACCAUAAUAGCAAUAACCUUAAUAAUAUAAUUAAGCAAGUAGUAAGCCACCACUUCCAGGAAAAUAAAAUGGUUAAGUUAAUAAUCAAAAUACAAAUUAGAAAUAACCUUAAAUAUAACAAUAAUAGAUGAUUAAUUAAAAUAAUUAUCAAACUGUUAAUUGUAAUCAAUAAUAAGGAUAAUAAUAAUUACUUUACUAAUAAUAAUAAGGAUAACAAUAAUUACUUUACUAAUAAUAAUAAUAAAAAUAAUAAUAAUAAUAAUAAUAAUAAUAAUAAUAAUAAUAAUAAUAAUAAUAAUAAUAAUAAUAAUAAUAUCAAUAUCAAUAUUAUAAUCAAAAUUAAUAAAAUUUUGGAUUCGAUAAUUAAAUUAAUAAUAAUAAUAAUAUAUCAAAUAACAAUUAAUAGAUAUAUUAAGGAUUUAAUAAUAUUUAGUUUGCAAUAGAUUAAGGAAAUAAUAAUAUUAAUAGUAAUAACAAUACUAAUAAUUAUUAUAAUACUAAUAAUAAUAAUUUUUAUAAUACUAAUAAUUAUAAUAUUAAUAACUAAUAGUAUCAUUAAUUUAAUACAACAAACUAAUCUUCAAGUUAGAAAUACUAAAAUAAUCCAUUUGCAAAAGAUGAAUAAGAUAUAAGGAACCUUUAUAAUACUCAAUAGCCAGGGAAGUAUGAUUAGUUGAGAAACAAUCCUUAUGUUUGAUUAAU